UGCAGUGUUUAGCUAUUUACCGCACGUACUUUGCAGUAUAUACAACUUACAUAUCAACAACGGUUAAAUCAAUACUGUCAAACCUUUUAGUAGCCUAUCGAACAGUGGAUUAUGCAUAAAUUUGGACCUUUGCCGUGUCUUCAUUAUUUCACCGUAGGAAUCUUAUUAUUUUUUAAGUGUGUUCUAUUAUAACAUUGGUGUACUUUAUGCGAACGAGCAUGUGCUAUUACAUAUUCUUCCGAAAAACAUACAAAAUUCGCGAAGGUUAUUUAACCAUAUGUAGAUUGAAGUAAUUCCCUCACGGAUUUACUGUGAUUAUUCCAUAUAUAGCUGUUCUAAAGGGGGCAGUAGUCUUCGCCGUAGUCCAGCUACAUUCUCACACCUAGUCAGUAACUAGCAUUGUAAAGGAUUUUGGUAAUUUAAAAGACAAAUGUCACUAGAAUCAUCCUGUUACACCAUAUUACGUGACACCGAUUGUGCGGUAAUGUAACGUCUAAUUGUGGUAAUUAGAUCUGUGGAAUCCGAUCUAUUUUUGUUUCGAAUCUAUAAAUUAUUACGGAACUGUUAUCAUAUCAUUUUCACCAGCGAUUACCAAGUGACACAUAACAUUUACGCAGCUGUCAUUUGAAGAAACUCAUACAAAAAUUAAAAGGUGGUAUCGGUUACGUACAUACGACGUUUUCGGAAGCUAACUACCUUACGGAAAAUUGAAUGAAUAAACCCGAAAUAAACAACGCAUAUGUCGAAUACACUCUUUGUUUAAAGCAACAAGCAGAACACAAAAGGAAUUAUUGUCUAAUGUAGCCGGUCUAAAUAUGGAUGAAUGUGAAAAUGAAAGUUUACACUCUGACGAAAGUAUAGAAGACAGUAUAAAUGAGAAUUCAGAUGAAAUAUCUAUUUAUUCUAAUGCAUUUAGCAAUGAUGAGACCACCUCUGGAGAUAGUGAUAACGACCCUGAAAAAGAUCAAUUGAAAGCUCGCCAAAUAAAGAUAACACAUCAAAAAUCCGAGUUUGAUGUCGCAGAACCUCAAUGUUCUCAACCUGACGAUGACAGUUAUUUAUUAGACGAUUCCGACACAGGUGAAAUAUACCCCAACAAUGACAGGGAAUACCUUGUAGAAAACACAGCAGCUUUUGACACGAAUAGUGAAAGAGCCAGGGAUACUCAUGAAUCCAUUAUUCAUUCAAAUCAAGAUGAAGAAAUUCUUUUGACAAAAGCGAACGACAUUCAAAGCAGUGAAAGAAAAAGCGCCGCAUUUGAAAUCAGGCCAUAUGUGGGGAAAGUUUCAGACAGAAAAAGUCUACUUUGCUUCAUUGCUGUCAUCGACUUUGGCAAAACGUACACUUAUUUGUCGUUUAUCCCUACUGUAAAACUUAAGGAACAUUUGAGUGAAACAAAUGUUUAUGCCAGACAAUGGAGCAGUGAUUCAGGUGCAAUGUGGACAAAAGCUCCAACGUGUGUUUUGAUUGAACCAGACGGUAAGACGUUUAACAGUUUUGGCUUUGAGGCAGAAAGCAUCUUUUCAAAACUACCGGUAGAUGAACGGGACUCGUGGUAUUUUUUCAGAUGUAUCACACACGUUUUGUUUGAGAAUAAGGUCAUAGAUGAUAAUGCCGUGUUAGAAGACGAAAGUGGUAAAAUACUAUCGACAAAAAGUGUAUUCUCAAUGGCCAUAAGGUACCUAAAAGAUGAUCUUAUCAAAAUGGCUAGAGAGCGUUGCAAUGAAUUUGGAUUUAUUGAAAAUGACGUUUGCUGGGUACUCACACUUCCUGCUAUUUGGUAUGAAGUCAUAAGCCAAUUUGUGAAAGAAGCAGCUCUAGAGGCUGGUAUAUCACCGACACGGCUGACUACAGUUUCAGAGUCUGAUGCUGCAAGCUUUUAUUUCUGUCAGUAUGAACAAAGCAAGAACAGAGAUCUGCUGUUAGAGAAAACGGUGUUGGUUUUAAAUACAAGAAGAGAUACUUCUGACAUAAGCAUUUACAGAAUAAAAGAUGGUGAAGCAACAGAAUUAUAUGUUUCAAGCAAUGAAGAAUGUGGAAGUACGCGAGUUGAAGAGUCAUUCCUUAAUGUCCUCUCCAGUAUUGUUGGGUACACUGUGAUGGAUAGGUUCAAAGAGCAGUAUAUAACAGAGUACCGAGAUCUAUUGCUUGCACUUGAGAAAAAGAAAAGCGCUUUUUACUUCGAACGAGAUUCAAGAUUCAACAUUAGGAUACCCGCGUCUCUUCAAUGCCUUGUACAACAAUUAGGCGGUGAAGAGCUAGCGGAUGUUGUUAAACAACCUCGAUUUUCUGAACAGGUCAAGAUGAGGGCCGAAAAAGUGUGCAUUGAAUCACGAACAGCAUACUUAUUUCUUGAAGAGGUAGUUGAAAAAAUCGUAGACUACAUGAACCGUGUACUUAACAAAAAAUGGCUAACAGACGUUGAUGAAAUUGUCAUGAUGGGGGAAUUUUCUCGCUCUACAGUGCUGCAAAGCGCUUUGCGUGACAAUUUCCCGAACAUUAAAAUGUUUGUACCACCAGACGCCGAGUCUGCUGUAUCGCAAGGAGCUAUUCUCGUUGGUAAUCUCAAAGCAUCAGCUCUUGAGCCAGUUGUUCCAGAUGAAAUAGUCCAUGACCCAUAUGCACUGAGCCUGUAUUUUCAAGCCCUUCAAAAUGGAACAGAGAUAGACAACCGCAUUAGACUAAACAUAGUUGGGAAUUUCGCACAGGGUAAAACUACUCUGGCAAGGCGACUCGUUAGCGAUAAUAUUCGAGAUGUACAAAGCACAAACAGUAUUGAAGUUAGCCACUACAAAGCGUCAGUUGAAUGCGACGGAAAAGUUUCGUAUACAAAGAAUGCUGGAGAUUUCUCUUCAGAAUUUGUUCAACGUUUAUUAUCUGUAGUAGAAAGUCAGAAAGGAAGACAUCAGAUUGCAGGAGAUAAAGCACGUAUGUUGAAACAGACGUCUUUACAUAGACAAACCAAAGAUUCAUUAGAUAGAAAAGAAGCACAAACAGACUAUUGUGGACUGAAUAAAGCUGCUGAAAAAACUGAAGAAAAAUCUAUUAGACAGGCCGAUUCUCAUAUUCAAAGAAAGGAAACAUCGCUAUUGCAGGAAAAAAAUAAAUUAAAAACUGUUUUAUCAAAUGAUGAACUGAAACGAUUUAGUACUAAAGUAAAACAAAAUGAAGAUACACACAAUGACUCUAAAGAGCUGGACAUAUGGGAUUUUGGUGGACAGUAUGUUUUCAACGCUACGCAUAAACUUUUUCAAAGUAAAAGGGCCAUAUACAUUUUAGUGUUUAAUUUGUCAACACCGCUGACAGAAAUUGUAUGUGAUGAUGAGUUUCCAGAAGAAACCGGUCGUAGAAAUAUGGAGUAUUUCUUGAAGUUUUGGAUAAAUUCUAUUCAUUGUUUUUCUGGAACAGAGGAUAGCUCCAAACCUAAAGUCAUUUUAGUGGGGACACACAGGGACAAACUUGUUGGAGAUGAGUCACAGAAACAAGAAGCAGCAGACGAAUAUUUCGAAAGGAUAAGGGCUCUUUUUGAUGAUACAGAAUUGAUAAAUCAUAUAUGGCAUAACGAUUUUGCGAUAGAUAACACUAAUCCAAACGAUAUUAGUUUACAUGCUCUUCGUGAAGAAAUCUUCCAAAUGGCCAGUACACAUUUAGAAAAACUUAAUAUUCCGGCAAGCUGGAUCCCGUUAGAAAGAGCUCUGAAAGAAAAUCAACACACUAGAAUUGUCCAGUUUGAUACUGUCAUGGAGAUGGAUGCUAAAAAUCAGUUCCCUCUUUACACAACAGAACAGGUGAAGUUGUUUUUGAAGUACCAUCAUGCAAAUGGUACAUUUGUAUACUUUGAAGACGAUGAGCCGAUCUCAAACUAUGUUAUACUAGAUCCUCAAUAUUUGAUUGAUGCAUUUAAAUGUUUCAUAACUUCAAAGCGAUUUCAUCAAAAGAACCCUGCACUUCGAGCCGCAAUGCGAAAGUUGUCAAGAGAGGCGAGACUUGAGAACUCUGUAAUUGACACCUUUUGGGGCCAGGAAGGAAGCACUUUCCUUGAACACAAAGAUAUUCUUUUAGAGUUUUUAAAGAAGCAUCACAUCAUUGCUGAGGCAUCAGAAUACGACGAGGAGAAAAAGGAAUCAAAAGGAUUAGGUUGGUAUGUAGUUCCUUCUUUAUUGAAGAAUGCUGACACAGAAAAUCAUCUAGAGAAAUUCUUAGCAAAUAGAACACAAACACUGAUUCGGUUUGUUAUUGUUUUCCAAAGUGCAGCAAUUGUUCAUAUGGUAUACGACCGACUGCUUGCGGCUUUGCUAGGAAAGUGGGCCAUAGCUUCAGUGACGUUCAAAGAAAAGAAACUUCUUCUGUUUGAAAAUAUUGGACUUUUUCAGAUUAACUACGAUCAUGUAGGAAUUGCUGAAAUCAGAAGCAAUCAUAUAGAGCUCAGAGUAGUUAACCUCUGCCCGUCCUCAGCUAUUGAUUCUUCAAAAGCAGACAGUUUUCGUAGAUAUUCAGAAUCUGUGAUUCGACAUGAAUUCAGAUCCGUUUGUCGUAUAUCAGAUGUCGAAUUUGUUCCGUAUACGUCGGCAUAUCGAUGUAACCAUAUUAGCCAUGGCCUUGACGGUAGCCUUGAGAUAAAACCAUUGCGUGACUUGGAGGAUGGCAGGACAGUGAUGCCUUGUCCCGAUUCUUGUCCACAUGAAAUAAAUGUUAACAUUGCUAGAUUAGAAUGGUUUCCUGAUGAAAUAGAAGUAACCGCUCUUCCAGACACACAACUGACUGAGAAACAAAUAAGUAGAAUUGCUCAGGCCAUUGGAGAAAACUGGAAAUUACUUGGAAUUGAACUCGGUGUACCUAGCGUCAAGAUGGACCACAUUGCAGAGGAAUGUCAAGGAAGUUCAACGGCAAUUUAUAAAAUGUUGAAAAUCUGGUCCGAUAAAGAAGCAGAAAUGGCAACUCUGCAGAAACUGAUCAAUGUGCUAAAGAAAUGUAAAAAAGUGAAUAUUGACUGGGAUGCAAUCAAGAACAUAAUUGACGAUACUACUAGACAUGUUAGAAUAAUGUAAUUAGCUCGCAGAACAACUACAUUUGCACUAUAUGACAACAAACGGAACGCAAUAAUCAGUUUAGCCUUUAGCCUGCUAGCAAGUGAUUCUGCCUUUACAGCCAGUGCAGACCAAGAUAAGCCUGCACAUCUGUGCAGUCUAAUCAUGGUCUGCACGGUUCGCUAUUAAGUCAGUAAAUUUUCAGUGAACACCCCUUCGAAUAUAAAUUGAUUGUCCAAAUUGAAUGAUGGACCAGUUCAUUAUAGAAAUUAAGCAGGCUAAAGGUUGAAGUUAUAUUAAAUGUGUUGAAUAUUUUAAACUUUGAAAAGCAGUGCAAUUACUACAAAAUCGGCGCUUUUAAGCUGCGUAAACACAUUAAGACAUGUCGUGUCAAUACAUGCGUUAAUAUGUUCUUGUCCUUUUACUUUUAAAUUAAUAUUUUGUAAAGAAACGCAUAAGUUAGACUGUGAGAAAAUAAUAUGCAGGUAUUUCUUCGCAAUCGCGUCUAACAGUUACACAAGUUGAUAGUAACAUUUAGGGAUUAUUGUCUGAUGUAGCUCUCCUUAUUCCUAUUAUUGUUUAUUCAUUUGUAUCUCUGUGCAGUCGUUGUAGUGGAUUAUGUCCUUUAGCUGGGAUAGAAAACAUCUUUUAAUUUAUUCCCUGGCAGUGUUUGCUUGGACAAAUUAAAUAUACACGAAAUUGUAUGCAUAGGGUAAUAUCUUCUAAACACUAUCUCAUAUUGUAAUUUGCCAAGAGAAAUCUUAACAAUUUUCAACUAAAUUGAUUGUUAGUUCUUAUUCAUAUUGAUAAAUAAGUUGCAUCAGGUAUGACAGAAUUAUUAUUCCUGCUAGCGCAAAGAUCAUAUAACCCAGCUUUUGUUAAAUAAAUCUUGAUAGUUAUUUUCUUCUAAAUAAUGGCAGAUAAUUUUGCGUCUUGCUUAUGACCGCUGAUAAAUCCUGUAGUUACCAACUAGAGUUUCAUUCAACGACUCAUAUAAAUAUAUACAUAAUUCACGUCCGAAUAACAUAUUUAUUAAUGCCAUAAAUGAAAGUUUGUCAAUUAAAUUAUUUCCUAAUUUAUAUGUACAUUGCUUUAUUUGUCUUGCUGUUCCAGCCAAACAUUUGCAUUAUUGUUGAUAUGGAAUUGCAUCAUGCUCUUGUCAACGCAGUGUACAAUAGUCAGCCAGAUUUCUGAUUCAUGACUAAAGUGUUAUUGUGACCAAAUAAUACGAUGAUAUCCAAUGAUUCAACUUCCCAUGUAAACGGAACAAACUACGUGUACAUGCACACAUGUAUCUUAUGUAAUAUUUUUGCCUUGCCAAAGCAUCUAUAGGUAAUUUUAUGCACAAAACGUUUUGGUUUUUUUUUCAUUAUAAAUCAUGCUUUUGUUACAAGCUAUUCAAUCAUUCAAUUUGCAGUUAAGGUAGUUCUGCACAUGUGUGCAAAACUUGUCCUUAACAGGAGGAAAUGUGACAGUUUUUUUAGUUGCCGGUGAAAGCAAAAAUUGAGUUCAAGAUACUUUCUUUCAUGUAUAUAGCAGUCACAUUGGCAGAGCACCUUUGUACUUAACAGAAUUGCUUACAGAGUUUCCUAGUAGACAAAGUUUGAGAUCGUCAGAAAAUUAUGAAUAUCGUUAUGUUGUUCCAUAAAACAAGUGCAAAACAUUCAAUGUGAUAGAAGUUUCUAUACUAUUGGUCCAGAACUGUGGAAUGAACUGCCGCUAGAGCUACGCAAAUUUAAAUAGCUUAAAACAUAUAAAAAGACCUUAAGACACUGUAUUUCAGAGAUUUCAUGGCAUUGUUUUUUUUUGAUAACUGCUUUAUAUGCGAUAACAGGUUUUACAUUUUAACAUUUAUAGUUUCAAGGUUUGUUUAAUUAAAUACGCUUGUUGGUACAGACUCUAUGGGCAGGAUAGCGUUUAGUAUUUCUUUUUCUAAAUAGUAUGUGUUGGCACCAUUAACCAGCGGAUUUGACCCUUUAUAUGCAGCCCGUCUAGGCGUAUCAGGUGAGGCUUUAAGCACUGGUAUUUGCAAUAGGGGUAAAAUGACCUCAAGGGGAUAGGUGCGGUCAUGGCUGUUUGUUAAAAUAAAGCUGUUAUUAUUAUUAUUAUUAUUAUUUUUGUCGUUAUUAAUAUUGUUAUUAUUAUUAUUAUUAUUAUUUUGUACAACGCCAUCGAAUAUGUCAUGGUAUAAAAACAGGCGUUUAAUCAAAUUAUUCAGUUUCAGCUUCAGUUUCUGCACAAUAAAGAAUUUUGUUAAUAAAAACACUUUUCUGAGCAUCGUUGUAUCCGACGAAAAUCCAGCCAUUAAAACUGUUAAGGUAGGGUUGUAUGCUUGAUUGUUGCUAGACCGAUUUGAAAAUAUUGGUUCUCCAGAAUAUCACACUUUAAAUGAUAUUUUCGCAUAUAAAAAAUCCACAAUGUAGAUUUUAACAUUUGAUAAUUGUAGAUUUACCUGUUUUCAACAAUAUGGCUUAAUCAAAUGUAAAGGUCCAAGUGUUUAGUUUUUCACUAUUCGCAAAAUAUGCACUGGAGUCCUCAAAUUUCUACUCGCUUCAUUUUAUUGUUUUGAAAUGUUUUUUUUUUUUUAAAUUGACCUUGUGAACGACAGUAGUGCCGACAGUUUAAAUUAAUACUUAAUACACGGGACAUGAUAGUUUUACGGUAACAUUUAUGCUACCCGUAUACCAGUUACCAGGCAUUAUUCUAGGUUUUCCUGGUAGAUGACUUUAAGCCGUCACUUUCGGUUAAUCAAACGUAUAGAGCUACAUUAAAAGAAAGCUAGUGUUUCGAAUAGCAAAAUACAUCAUAUGGAGUAAUGAGCUAAUCAAGGUGUUUGGUCCACAGCUUUGUCAUCCGAUCUAUUUAAUAUGGGAGUGUACCAAGUAGAAUACUUUACUACUUCGGAAACCCUUUAUGAAAAUAUACAGAAGAAUGUUCGUGAAUAUUAGAUUAAAUUAGUAAUGAAUAUACAGACAUAUUCCCCGUUAAACCAAAAACAUAAUGUACGUGAUCAUGCUUGAAUCGUUUUCUAUUUUGAUUUAAUUUAAAUCAUAUAGAUGAUGUCAAAAUAUUCUGGUUAAAUAACAUUAUUACUGAAGCGUAAAGGACAGAUGUCUUUCAACAUCAUUGUCAUCCGUCAAACAUAUGGGGAAAUCCGAGUUUAUUUGAUUUGUUUAAUGUUGCACCAACACAAUUAUAGGUCAAGUGGCAAUUUUCAGCUUUGAUGAUUGGGGAAGACCCCAGGUUCCCCUCCGAUUAUUAUUCUUCUGUAAACCAACUGGAUAUUUCCCUCACAUGAAGAAACUACGCCUCAAGUGAAACUCGAACCCACAUUGGUGAAGGAAAGUGAUUUAAAGUCGGCGACCUAAACCACUCGGCAAAGGAUCUGAGAUGUGAGAAUGCUGAACAUAAAGCACAAAAAAGCCAAAAUCCAUCCCCUGAAGUUACACAUGCCUUGCACAAGUGAAGUGGCAAAAGCAUUUAUUUUUCAUUAGUAGGUCGGUGUAUUAAGAUUUGGGUCGUACCAUUGACUGUUAAAAGGGGUACUUACCAAAAAGAUACUGACUGAAUUGCAAACAAUGCAGAUCAUGAUCAGACUGCGUGGAUGUGCAGGCUGAUCAUAAUCUACACUGGUCGCAAAGGCAGAAUAAAUUGUGUCCGGCAUGAUCAGGGUUAACUGAAAUAAAUGUGGCAAAUAACAUUGCCUAUAUUAUGAUAAAUCAAUAUCAAAAAUGAAAUAUAAAAAAAAUAUUACGCACGAAAAAGGUAACCAUCUUUCUGACGCAUUCCUCAAACUGAAAACGAAAGAAAAUUUCCAAGUAAUGCUUUCUUUUCUGCUCUUUGAUUUCUUUCCCGCUUCUUUUUUUUCUCGUGAAACUUAUUUGUUUCGUUAGUGUUUUAAAUCUGAUGUCAUUAUUAGAGCCAGAUCAGACAUUGAAAAUAAAAAUUUGAAAUUCUGCAAAUCGAAAGCGUAAUAUC